CCUCUGAAACCGAAUUUCUGAACAGCAGCAACUGCAGCUCUCUCUCUCUGGCUCUCACCUCUACAUAGACAGAGAAGGAGAAAGACUUAGCCGUAUUGAUUGAAUCACUUAACACCAAUCAGAUGCUUUGGUUAUUCUUCAGCAUGUGAGUAUCUGCCGAAACCAGGACAAUGGGUACUCGGAAGGUGUUGCAGAGUGUCGCCAGCACGUUCUUCACGGUUGGGGUCGUGGGUCUCUGUAUAUCGGAUCGUAUCGCCAGCGUUGCUCUGGUUCGGGGUUCCUCUAUGUCUCCUACAUUGAAUCCCGGGGAGACUAAGUUUAUGGGCAUAUCGACUGAUGACUAUGUUUUGCUGGAGAAAUUGUGUCUUAACCAUUACAAGUUCUCCCAUGGUGAUAUUGUAGUAUUCCGCUCACCAAGUGAUCACAAGGAGAAACAUAUUAAGAGGAUAACCGCCUUACCUGGAGAAUGGAUUGGAAUUCGGAAGUCCUACGAUGUGCUGAGAGUUCCGGAGGGGCAUUGCUGGGUUGAGGGAGACAAUUCAUCUUCAAGCAUGGAUUCAAGAACAUUUGGCACAAUUCCCCUGGGUUUAGUUCAAGGAAGGGUGACCCACAUUGUGUGGCCUCCUCAGAGAAUAGGUGCGAUUCAGAGAAGUACCGCAGGGCAGACUUGAUCCUCUCUAGGUGCACAUCACUCUAGGAGUCUCAAAUACAAAAAUUUUUGUGGAAGAAACAAUAAGAGAAAUUUUCACCAUUAUGGCAUAGCA